AUGACCCUCAGCCGAUCUAAAGUGACUCCCAAGGCUCUGAGAGUACAAGUGAAGGAGUUUGGAGCACAGGUGGUGUUUUCUCUGGUUAAAGCUUACGGCUGCCUCUGCUGCUUGGCCAAAGGCUUUAGCCUAAGAGCAAGUCAUCAGACUAUCACAGGGAGAGAAGGCCCUUACACAGAUACAGCAAAUUUCUUAAAAUAUAGGCCUUUGCAGGCAGGCCUGAAUAUCUAUAUCCUAACAGGCAUUCCUGGCCUGGAGGCUGCCCAUGUCUGGUUCUCCAUCCCCUUCUGCACCAUGUACUUCAUAGCUGUCUUGGGGAACUUCAUCAUCCUGUUCAUUGUGAAGACGGAACCAAACCUCCAUGAGCACAAGUACUAUUUCCUUUCCAUGCUGGCCAUCACCGACCUGGUCCUGUCCACAUCCACCCUGCCCAAAACGCUGAGCAUCUUUUGGUUCAGUUCCAGGGAGAUCGAUUUCAGUGCCUGCCUCACCCAGAUGUACUUCAUUCACUGCAUCUUAGUGAUGGAGUCUGGGAUCUUCGUGGCCAUGGCACUUGAUCGCUACGUGGCCAUCUGCAGUCCCCUGAGACAUUCCACCAUCCUGACAUACCCUGUUGUGGCCAAGAUCAGACUGGCCUUGGUGUUGGGUGGCAUCAUGUUCAUACUGCUCUAUCUCUUCCUCACAAGGCAAUGGCCAUAUUGCAGAACCAACAUCAUCCCCCACUCGUACUGCGAGUACAUAGCUGUGGUGAAGGUGGCCUGUGGCGACACUCGUGUCAGUAGUUACUACAGUCUCUUUAUGCCGGGAAGCGAACAGUCCAGCGAAUCAAACCACUGUAACUGGGUCCUUGCCAUCCACAUGCUCUACAGCAAAGGGCUGGCUUAG